CGCCCGCCCGCGACGCCGCGGGUCGCACGGGGCCCACGCCGAGCGGCGAGGCGAUGGCGCGGAAGGCGGAGCGCGGGACCCUGGAGCUGAGCGCCGAGGUGGCCGUGCGAGUUCUGCUGUUUGGCGUCUUCUGGUGGAGCGAGAGCCUGCAGCCCUUUGAGAGGAAGAUCCAGCCCGAGGAGAUGUGGCUGUACCGCAACCCUCGCGUGGAGAAGGACGUAUUCCCCACGUCCAUCAUGUUUGCCAUCUCAUUUUCUGCUCCACUGGUGGCAAUCUUCAUAUGCUGGUUUCUGCAGUGUCACAACCGGGCCGACACCACGCAUGCGCUUCUCGCCUCCUCGCUGGCACUGGCCCUGAACGGUGUUCUAACCAACACUGUGAAGCUGAUCGUGGGGAGGCCGAGGCCAGACUUUUUCUUCCGGUGUUUUCCGGAUGGCAAGCAGACCAGUGACCUACAGUGCUCUGGUGCUCCUGACGACGUCAUCGAGGGUCGCAAGAGCUUCCCAAGUGGCCACUCCUCAUUUGCGUUUGCAGGGCUGGGCUUCACAGCGCUCUACAUGGCGGGAAAGCUGCACUGCUUCUCGGAGGGCGGACGGGGCAGGGCGUGGCGCCUCUGCCUGGCGCUGCUGCCCCUCCACAGCGCAGCCGUGAUCGCCCUGUCCCGCACAUGUGACUACAAGCACCACUGGCAGGAUGUGCUGGUGGGCUCGCUGCUUGGGCUGGCGUGUGCUGUGCUCGCCUAUCGCCAGCACUACCCGGCGCUGGGCCACGCCAAGUCACACCACCCGAUUGUCUCUAUCAGGACCCGGCGCACCAGUGAGCGGGAACCCCCGGCCUCGUACGACCUCGAUGUGUGAUGGAGCAGGAGCAGCAGGAGUCACUUGGGCUGCACAUGAUAUAGAGGGUUCCAUGUUCUUGACCAUUUGACAAAGAUCAAGAAUAAAUACACAACUGGAGAGAUGGCGUGGAGCAUGUGCACCUUCUGGUGGUAGGACAUUGCUCCGAUGAACCUGAAAACUAGAGGAUCUGAAACAUUCCAGCACAUCUAUCACCAUUCCUUGAUGAGACUCAACUGCAGUUGUAGUCCACAUUCCACUGUCUGACUCGUGAUCGGCAGUGUCAAAGGCAGCGGUCGGAUCGCUGGUGCGUGUCCACGGGGCAAAUUGUUGCCACCUGUUCAAGUUUGUGUCCGUUCCUUCAGUUUCACAAACACACAAUGCACAUUCCCUUGCCUUGGGAGCGAGCGAGGCGUUGUCGGUGACCUCGUGACCAUGUCCAAUAAAAAUGUCGGGCAAAGCCUGGUGUCCAGAUAACCCAGUGUGGUUGUGU